CAAUUUACGAACAAUUAAUUCUGUAGAAGAUGGAUCAUCUGCUGGAAUGCUCUCGAUCUCGACUCCUCAUGACAUGGCAAGCCACUAAUCGGAGCCGCCACAAGCCACAAUUGGCCGGGGGGCUGUGGCUGUGGCUUGAACACUCUUAACACAAGCCACAACUGCACUGUGCUUAUAUAACAAGGUUCACAAAUUCAUUUGUCUUGUUUGUAACAUCACGUGAUAUUGCCUGAGCUCCCCUUUCGUCGCAUGCUGAGCAUCAUAAACUCACUUCAACCACCUUGACGGCCAGCUUGCUCACCAUCUUACUCUCCAGGAGAGCUAUUUUUCGCAGCAAUGUGAGGUUGAUGAGGAACAUGUUUCAGUGACACCUGUUGGAUAUGUUGCAUCUUUGAACAUCUACCUCGGCAAUGCUUCAGUCUGGAGGCAUCAAAGGCCCGCAGCGCAAGCAGUUCCAACCGGCUAGCGCUGAAGCACGCUCCAUGCGGGCAACCAUUGCUAGUUUGCAGGAUUCGAAAGUUGAUUCUGCUAGACCUGAUUCCCCUCAAUAUUCACCCAAGAGCCCGAGCAAACGGUCAUGCACGCUAUGGGUCCAUGAUGAAACCUUCUCCCGGGAAGAAGUCCUCUGCAACCUUCAGGCGCUACCUGAUUUUGGGUUGAACGUGGGGUAUUUGGUAGAAGUCUCGGUCGCGCAAGGAGAUCACCUAGGAUCGCAGCUGAAGCCUGAAGCCGGCAGCAGGUAUCUUCAAGAUGAAGGCAGCUUCACAUCGCCUCGGUGGCCCAUUGGGGCCGGAGGUAGUGCCUCGAGAUCUACAUUCGGCGGUGAUGCCAAGCUUCGGAGCCGGAAAACACCUGGAAAGUUCCUGUUUAUCGUCAAGCCGUUUCCCCCGGAGGUUAGAGCCAAGCAUCCCAAUCUCCAAGUAUCAGUUGCAAAUCACGUCGCGAAUGCCUUUGGCUUCAAGAAUCGAUCUCAAAUCCACCUCACUGUUAGGAAGCGAGCGCAGUGUUCAGCGUCCCAUGUGGAACUCAUAUUUCGUGACCAGUUCCUGCUUCGCUCCGAUAUGUGGAGAUUGACAAUGUCGGAACUUGUUGACCGUCCAAUAUAUAAAGGUCAGAAGAUCCUCUUCAUGGGAAGCAUUAAGGCCACAGUGAAAUCGGUUUAUAUCAGUGGCAACAAGACCCUAUCCGCUUACUUCUCGCCUAAUACUAUCCCCAUAUUUCGAAGCGAAUCAGCUCGGUUCGUUCUCUUCAUCCAAAUGUCCAAGGAGAUGUGGGACUUCGACUCGGAGGGCACUGGUGAUAUUUUGUUCAGUCGUGUCAUCAACAGCCUGAUGCCCGAGCUUUUUAAGCGAUGGGCAAAUAUUGAUGCUCAUCAUUUGGUGACGAUCGUGCUCUUUACCAGAGUACAGUAUGACUUUGCAACUCCGACGUCGGGACCCGCCACCCUCAAUAGCAGCUUUUUAAACCGCGGUCCAGAUGGUUCGGCGCCGAAAACCCAGGAUUUCUAUCGUGUCGUCGUCAACGAUAUGCCGAGUGGACAGUGGACUACUAUAUUAGACUCUCUCAAGAAGGAAUUUCGCACAUUCCUACGAGAUGUCUCAAUCCCACCACCCUAUUUUCCUGAUACUCCAAUAGCAGCGGAAGAUAUCCCGAGAUUCACAGAAUCACAUCCUCCUAAGAUUGCUGGGCGGCCAACCUCAGCUCUACGGGGUAACAUCCUGGAGGCAAUUCACGUUGCUUCGUCUUACCUUGCUUUCGAGCAUAUCGGCCGUGACCUGGUAAGAACAGGAACCUCAAUCGUCAUUAUAACACCUGGAACGGGCGUGUUUGAGGUCCCUUUCAAAAUCCUAUCCCUGACCUCCGAUGUCCUUACCAGUCGGGCCAUCGGCAUAGAUCUCAUUUGUCUCAGCCCUAUGCCACUCCAUUCCGUACCUCUUUUCAAAUACAAACUACCUCGUGAUACCUCUUGUCGACCGGGGAGCUCCAUUUCGUCGCGCCUUGCUCCUUAUGAACAUCGUCGAAUGUCAGCGACCUUCUCGACAGCUCACAUGUCCCCUCUUGAUAGACCAGGCACCGCAUUAUCUGACCAGGCGCUGCAGGGUAUCGGCAGUUCUCCCCAAGAAGAGGAAUGGGGAUAUGGUAUUCCACAUUGGGUCGAUAUCUCGUACUGGGAUCCUAAACUAGACCGUGCUAGCCGGGCAGCCGCUAAGAAAAAAACUACAAUGUCCCCUGUGAUAGCGACCAUUGCGAAAAAUUCGCAGCUGUUCGUGCCAAAAGUGCGGAUGUACGAAAUACAAAUGAUGGGGGUAAUGGAGAGCGAGCAGUCAAACAUAUCCAUCCCUCAUAUGUCUUCGACCUCAUCCCGCACUCAAAAACGCCCCGGUACCUUGGCUUCCCUCGCUGCAUCCAUUGGGAAUAGCCCAUCACCAGAUUCAUCAUACAGGUCCCAAGCAGGUGACGGCUUUCGGCCAAAAUCCUUUAUGUAUAAUAUAAAGGACUCAAAGAAGAGUAUGCUGCCGCCUGAUGCAAAAGAACGGACCAACUUGGUGGAAUGGAUGGACUCUUACGAUCAGUCGAUUUUCCAUCUGCAUCCCAAACAAAAGCGACCUCGUAGGCGCUCCAAGGCAAAGCAAGCUGCCGAGACCGAAACCAGCAGGCCUUCCCAGCACGAAACGCCAAAACUAAGAUCAAGUAUGGAUCUAGGGCAGCCUGAUAAUCGCCACCUAUCUCCUUUUGGUCAACCUCACUUACAAUUAAGAUACGAAAGAAUAGAGGAGGAGUCACUCGUUACACCCCGACGGAUCACUCAACCGCCCACCCAAACAAAUAUGAAAUCAAUCAUGAAGCCGAAACCGAAGCUGCCUAUUCCACGAAUCUCUCGGUCUAUCAGCUUUGCCCUGCGGGGACUUGGUUCUGCUCCUCCUAGGGCGCACGCAAGCACUGAAGUCAAAACUGAACAUGCCCAGGCUCUCCCAACCUCGGGUGGAAGGACACCGGAAGACCCUGCAUCAGAAGCAUCAAAUACAGUCACUCCCAGGCAGAAUUCUCCUCUUAAUUCGGGCGCAGCUACUCCUAAGCCCGAACGGUCUGAAGCUGACGCACCAAGUAACGUCGAAGCAAUGACGCCAUCCAAACCGAUUUUGAUCAGAGCCAUCCGAAGGACUGGGGAGGAUGGUAGCGUAGAGCCCCUGCCUCUAGAAGGGUCCUUCUCCACCCAAGGGACGGAGCCCCGUCAUGAUCUAUUGCAGCAUCACGACAGCCAGGGAGCUUUUCCUGUAAAGAGAACGGGGCGAAGGCUGGAUCUACUGAGCAGUGGUGAUCCCACCUCCCCUCCUACUGUCUCGGCGACGGAUGCACUCUCUCCGUGGGUAAGCCCCAUCAACCCCUGGAACCCACCGAAGCUGGCGCCCUCACGCUCAAGUUGGUACGGACGCUGGCAGCAUGUAUAUCCGAGAAUUCCAAAAACGACUUCUGUGAAGUGGAAGAGCCUGAAGUCGCCUGCAUCGUUGCCAAUAACGGCUGAAGAGCUACCCACAGAAUCCGAAUUAACAUCAAACUUUCUCCAAACUCCCUAUCGAGUUUAUCAAAACGACGAGGCUGACGCUGAGGUGCCGAAGACGAGAGAAAUGCUCUUGCGUGAUAUGAUUUCUUUGAGGUUGUCGCACGGGUUUCAGAUAGUAGUAGGUAAGAAGGUCGAGGAGCAAUCGACGGGCUAUUCGAAUAUUUUUGACACCAACGCACUGUCUAAGGAUGGCACAACGGUUUUUAUGGCGAGAGGAAAUGUGAUCCACAGACUUGUGUGCGUUGAAGGGGAGAUUGAAGUUACAAAGUUUACUCGCAGACCGUUGAAUGGUUUCCCAACUGACGAGCUGAAUGAUGCUUCAAUAAGCUACAGCCCUGCUGUUAAAACCAUUUUGAGUGCUCAGUACUGCAAGAACACCAUAUCCUUGGGGGCUCCACCGGAAGAGUACAACUGGAACUCUGCGGACGCGUUUCUCGCUGGCCAUAGAGACCAUAUCACCAACUCCAUCAGGCAGCUCCGGUUUUGGCGAACAAGAUUUGUUUUGAUACCGGUUCAGGUACCCUUAGCUGCAAGACGGCAUAUCUCUUCAUUCCACGAAGAUAAUGAAGAGGAAAUCCACCUACUUGGAAUUUAUAAAUUGACUCAGAUGUGGCAACGCCACAGGUAUAUACCCCCAGAGGAAAGACAAUUUCAGAGUGCCGCACGUAAAAGCAAAGAUCAGAACCCACUCAACAUCAUUUAUCAAACGAGUGAUCCCUCGGUGGUGGUUGCUGCCGAGCUUGACAGGCUAUUGCUGGAAGACCCUGGACUGGACAAUGCUCCUGCCCAGCUGCUACCUGAUUCGGAGUUGCUCCAGAGAUACAACAUCACCCUCGCCUUCUUGGCACAAAAGAUACAGGGUGAAAAGGGAGUAAGGAUGAUGGACAGGAGAUGGCAUUGGCGCCUUCACUACAACUGCUUCGUUGGCAUGGAAUUCACAACAUGGCUACUGCAAAAUUUCCGUGAUAUCGAUACUCGAGAGGAAGCUGUUGAGUUUGGAAAUGACCUGAUGACGCAUGGAUUGUUCCAUCACGUUCAGCGGAGGCACAAUUUUAGGGAUGGCAAUUACUUCUACCAGAUCGCGGACGAAUACAGAGUGGUUCGCCCAGAGUCGAGAGGCGGGUGGUUUCAGCCACGCAAGGUGGACAAAUCAAACCCAAAUACGCCGAUGGGUGAGGCCAUGAAAGACUCAGCGUCAAGCAUCCGCGCCAGAGCAGAAAAAAGUAUCGAUGAGACAGGGAGCAAACUUGACAUCCCAGGAUCUUCGAAACCCAGUCGGCCCAAGCCUUCCAUUUCUCUGGCAAAAUCCUUGAAAUACGAUGUCGAUCCGCGCAAACGGUCGGAUAGGCCUGAAGUGAUUGAUCUCCACUAUGAUAGGAUUCAUAAUCCGGAGAAUUGUUUUCACAUUGAACUGAGCUGGAUGAAUGCCACGCCCAAGCUUGUGGAGGACGCCAUCAUGUCCUGGGUUGGAACCGCGGAGAAGUAUGGACUGAAGCUGGUCGAGCUGCCGAUAUCUGAAGCAUCUUCCAUCGUGGAAAGACAAGUGUUCAGGCGACCGUAUCCUAUCAAGUUGAAGGUCGACCCACCGCCGACGCCUGUAUCGACGUAUCUCACCGCAACGUCUUUUACUUCUCAAGCUGUGCCGGAUCACCAUUUUUACCAGAAGGCCAUCCUGAAGAAGUUUGAUUUCGUGCUGGACUUUGAGGCCAAGAGUGCGUUCCCGGCGAACGUAGACGUGUGCUAUAGCUGGGGGAAGCCCGACUAUCAAUUCCCUCAGUACGUGCACCGCACCGGAGCGGUGCUGGCCCAGAUCACGGACGAAGGGCAUUUCCUCCUCCUCGCAAACCGAUUUCACAACAGUCACAACCCCGUCAGCCUCAAGGACUCGAACAAGUUCGACCGUUCCUCGGAAUAUUUCCCGCGCCCACGUGCAGCGACAUUCGACCCGCUCGACCGCCGCUCGCCCCUCCUGUCACCUGUGGCUCGCCCCACCCCCGGCACAGACAGCAGCAUCCCCUCCGCCUCCCCACCGUACAUCUCGGCAAGCGACGCCUCCCAGAACUCGUACCGCGUAACGGACCAGAUCAAAGACAGCAUGCGCGCCUUCUGCUCCGACGCAGAGCAGCUCGAGGCGUUCUUUGCGGAGAUGGCCAUGGCCAAGGGCAAGACUGCUACUACUGCCGGCCCGGCAUCCCUGUCGUCGGUGAAGCUCAGUCCGACCACGCCGGCGACGGUGGAUUCGUCGAUCCCGUCGCUAGAGCUGCCGGCGAGCGUGGUCGCGAGGAAUCUACAUCUGCCUCAGCCGGUGGCUUUGGCAGCAGCGCAGGCUUCGGCGGAAACACCGCAGGUUGCGGGGUCCAUUGAUGCUGUGAUGAGGAGUACGAGUGUGUCCAGCCCGCGGAACGGUGCUUUUAGGCAUUGAAGGUUGGAGGAAACUUUUUUAAUUUGGAGAGAUUUGGAUGUUUUCAUAUAGGAUGAUGCAAUUAGGUGAAUUGCUUGGUAUUAGAUUGAUAAAAAAAGGAAAAAAAAGAAAAGAAAAGAAAAACAAGGCUGUGACGACGUUUCACAGUCUUAUUUCAUUUUAUUUUUA